UGGAAAAUGUACCUAUUUUUAUAAAGCACAAUGGAGUAUGGGAAAGUGAUAAUAGUUUUGUGAAUUUUUCUGUUAAUGGUGUUUUGGUUACUUCUGGAUGCAAUUUUGAAGAAUUAGUUUCCGUUAUAGCGAAUCAGCUUGAGAAGGAUUUGGAUACCAAUUUGAUAGAUAUUAAGUACAUAGUGAAGGAUGGGUAUCCACCUAUGACGGUACACAGUGAUAUGAGUGUUAGAGUGUAUAUUGAACUGAAAAGGAUGAAUGCAGAAUUCACAAUGUAUCCGCUUUGCGUAACGUUUAAGGAUAAGUGUACUGCUGGAAGUUGCUCAAAUGUGAACCCUGCUACUGUUUCAUCUGAUGGUAUACAGAGUGAAAAUAGACCUGAUAUAUACUUGCCUGAUGCCGUUGAGAUGAUAAGUCCUGUUCGUGGAAAGGAUUGUAAUGGUAUACAGGGUGAUGAUAAAGGUAUAAUGAACAGCCAAGAUACCGUUGAAAUGAUGAAUUCUGUUCAUGGGGAGGAUUCUAAUGGCGUACGAGGUGAUGAGGAAGGUAUUAUAAACAACGUAGAUAUUGUUGAGCCGAUAAGUUCUGUUCAUGGGGAGGAUUGGAAUGGUAUACAAGAUGAUGAUAGAGGUAUAGUAUUAAUAGACAAUCCACGGCAUCAAGAUGUUGAAGAGGGUCAAUUGUACCUAGACAAAGAGACCAUCGUCAAUGUUAUGAGGCAUUAUGCUAUCCGAAAUAACUUUCAGUUUAGAGUCGAAAGGUCGAGUAGCACCAGGUAUUGCAUGAUACGUAUAUUGUAUAUAUUUUAUCUCGAGUGCAUUUGAUGAUUUCAAACUGAAUAUUGAUAGUGUAUAUGUAUAUAUAUUACCAACAGUUAUUGUCUUUUAUGCCCGGAAGAAAAUUGUUCCUGGUGUUUUAAGUCUUCAAGCCUGCACAAGUCAAAGCUUUUCAAAAUAAGAAUGUUCAAUGAUGUUCACACGUGCUCGAUAGAGGAAAGAUUACAUUCACGUCUCUCUUCUGCGGGGAUCAUUGGAGGUAUGAUUAGGAACAAGUAUGCUGACUCGGAAUCUGUAUAUUCUCCAGCAGAUAUAAUACGUGACAUGAAAAAAGAUUAUGGUGUGGAUUUGACCUAUAUGAGGGCUUGGAGAUCGAAGCAAAAGGCUCUUAAAAUGUUGAGAGGGAACAAAAUUGAAUCAUAUGUGAAGCUGCCGAGCUACCUGUACAUAUUGAUGCAUACAAACCCUGGAUCCAUAGCAAGACUACAAAAAUCAGAAGGUGGCUCCUUUUUGUAUGUUUUUGUAUCGUUGGAUGUGUCAAUUAAGGGAUGGAAAUAUUGCAAGCCUAUUGUGAUAGUUAAUGCGAGCUUGCUAGAAUCAGCACACAGGGGGAUUUUAAUCAUGGCUUACACACAAGAUGCAGCGGGUAGAAUAUUUUUGCUCGCAUACAGCGUGGUUGAUUCGGAGAAUGAUGCAUCUUGGAAGUGGUUCUUCGAAAGGUUCAGGGACGCUUAUGGUGCUAGGGAAGGGAUGUGCAUAGUAUCGGACAUGCAUGAAAGUAUCUCAAAAGCGACCUCGAUUGUGUAUCCAGAAGUGCUUCACUGUAUAUGUAUGUUCCAUUUGUGGAACAACAUAAAGACGAGGUACACAAAAAUUCAUACACCUGUCAAGGAACUGUUCUUCGCAUCGGCCAGAGCAUAUACGAUUGAAGAAUUUGAGCGCCAUAUGGUUGCGAUAAAUAAUAUCGAUAAGAGGGUCGGAGAAUGCUUGUUAGAUGUUGGAUAUCAUAGAUGGUCAAGAGUGCAUUCCAAAGUCAACGGGACCACGAUUAUGACUUCAAACAUUGUGGAGUCGAUGAAUACUGUGAACAAUCAUGCAAGAGAUUUACCAAUACUGCAUUUACUGGAAUACAUGACGAAGUUGGUUCAAGAUUGGCACUAUGCGAACAAGAUAAAUGCAGUAGAGACAUCUACGGAGCUGGGCAAAAAGUAUGAAGAAAUCAUGAAGGAAAAUUACACUACAUCUCAGAGGAUGACGGUGAAGCCUUCCGCUGAUCACUCAUAUACUGUCGUUGACGAUGAAAAACAAUUUGUGGUGAACCUGAGAGAGAGAACUUGCACUUGCAUAAGGUUUCAAAUGGAUGAAAUGCCGUGCCCACACGCUCUGGCAGUUAUAACGUUCAAAAGCAUGGAUGCAUAUCAAUACUGCUCUGUUUACUACAACAAGGAUCACUUGCUGAAAACGUAUGACAUAUCUACGUAUCCAGUUCCCAAUGAAAGCACUUGGGACAUUCCUAGAGAGGUCUUAGAAGAAGUAGUUCUACCACCUACGGGGAAGAUUAGACCGGGGAGGCCAAAAAGGUUGAGAAUCUAGUCAUCGUUGAAAUCGCGACCUAAGAGGUGAAAACUUCAUGCGGACAAUGUGGACACACACAGGGUUACAACCAAAGACGUACAGUAAUUUAUCGAGGAAAACUUGACACAUUUGUUAGUUUUUCUCUUCUUUUCUUUUAAUUCAAUCAUUGUCAUUGUUCAUGAAUUACAAUGAAUUGUCUA